AUGGAAGUACGUGGUGGAGGAAUAGCCGGAAAUGGUGGGAUUGUUAGGCCAUCUUCGCUACCCUCCAAGCAGGCCUCAGAGAAGAUGAAAUUCAUGAAGGGAGUGCGUGGUUUUACUCCGCCCCCCUUCUUGACGAAGACCUUUCAAAUGGUGGAGGAUACAGAGACGAACAACAUGAUUUCCUGGAAUUCUGACGGUACCAGCCUAAUAGUCCGGGACCAUCUCAAAUUUGCUGUAGAGGGAUUCAGGAAGAUUGGACUGAGGCAAUAUGAAUACGAGAAUAAAUGGUUUCAGAGAGGGCAAGAACAUUUUCUAAUGAACAUUAAAAGGCGAAAUAAUGAAGAUCCAACAAUCAGGAAAAGACGAGAAUCGAGAGAACAACACGUAACGGCUGCAAGGCCUUCAAUGGAGGUAGAGUUGGAAAUUUUCGAGGAUCACAUGAAUGCACUGAAGGAAGGAAUCAUAAGAUCAAAAUAUCAUAUGGGGAAACUUGAGCAUAGCAUAGCAACCUUCAAGAAAAAUAUGAAAAGAAUGGAGGCUAAGUCAAAAGCAUUGAUCAAGGUCUUAGCCAGAAUAUUCAGCCCCACCUUAGUUAAGGAGAUGAUUCAGCGUGUGGAGGAAGAACCAGAACUUGAAAUCCUUCAGACCAUGAAGAGAAGAAGAGUGAUUCUACCACAAAGCUCUAAAACCACAACAAAGUCCACGGAUGAUGGAGCUUGUGGCAUGGACCAAGAUGAUCAGGAGGCAACCACUUCAAUGGCAGAAUAA